GGCCCGCGGCGUCCCCUCGACCUCGGGGCGGGCGGAGCGGGGCCGAGCGGAGCGGAGCGGAGCCGAGAUGGCGGCGGUGGCGGUGCGGCGGCUCCCGCUGAGGCCCGGCGGCCGCCUCCUGCUGGCGCCGCGGCCUCGGGCAGCGCCCGCCGGGGCCCGCGCCGCCUCCUCGUGGGGGCGGCCCCGCGGCGGGGCGGUGGCGCUGGGGGCGCUGGGGGCGCUGGCGGCGGGCGGCGGGGCGGCGCUGGCCCUGCACGGAGCCCUGAGCGCCGGCGAGCUGGAGAUGCACCCGCCCAGCUUCCCCUGGAGCCACGGCGGGCUGCUCGCCGCGCUGGACCACGGCAGCGUGCGGCGUGGCUACCAGGUGUACAAGCAGGUGUGCUCGGCCUGCCACAGCAUGGAGUACCUGGCCUUCCGCAACCUCAUCGGCGUCACGCACACCGAGGAGGAGGCCAAGGCGCUGGCCGAGGAGGUGGAGGUGGUGGACGGCCCAGACGAGAACGGGGAGAUGUUCACGCGCCCCGGCAAGAUCUCCGACUACUUCCCCAAGCCCUACCCCAACCCCGAGGCGGCACGAGCCGCCAACAACGGGGCGCUGCCCCCUGACCUCAGCUACAUCGUUAACGCCCGGCAUGGGGGCGAGGACUAUGUGUUCUCCCUCCUCACCGGCUACUGCGACCCCCCGGCCGGCGUCACGGUGCGCGAGGGGCUGCACUAUAACCCCUACUUCCCGGGACAGGCCAUCGGCAUGGCCCCCCCCAUCUACAACGAGAUCCUGGAGUUCGAUGACGGCACUCCGGCCACCAUGUCGCAGAUCGCGAAGGAUGUCUGCACGUUCCUGCGGUGGGCGGCAGAGCCGGAGCACGACCACCGCAAACGGAUGGGCUUGAAGAUGCUGAUGAUCUCCAGCCUUCUGAUAUCCCUCACCUACUACUUGAAGCGCCACAAGUGGUCGGUUCUGAAGAGCAGAAAAAUGGUCUACCGGCCUCCCAAGUAGGGGUGGGAGAGGGGUGCCCCCACCUCCGUCCUGCGGCCCCCCGGGGGCACGGGGAGGAGCGUGCAGCGGGCAUCGCGUGCUCCCCGCUCGCACGGCAGCUCGGUUAUUUAACAUCGCGCUCUGCGCCCGCAGGCACUGCUGGCCACACGUGGGGUGGGGGGGCAGUGCCUGCGUGUUUACAGUUUGGGGACGUGGAAAUAAAAUCUGAAUCGCCA